AUGCGGGUAUCCUCCUUCCUUGUCGCGGGCUUCACCACGCUUGUAUAUCAUUGCAGCGCGGUGCUGGCUGAUCUGAGCUACACCUGCGAAAAUGUGACUUUAUACAGGGGCGUUGCCGAGACCGCACCGUUCUACAUCGUGAAUUCGACCACGAUAGCCGCCAACAGGACCGCCCAGCUUCCAGAGUAUUGCUACCUCCAAGCAGUGAUCGGUGGCAGGAUCAAUGCCUGGGCCAAGCUUCCCGCUGCCCCUGACUACAAUGGCAGAUUUGUCCAGUGGGGUUGCGGCGGUGCCUGUGGGAUCAACCCUUUCGACGGCGAGCAGGAUAACCGCACCACAGCUCUCGUCGAGGGAUAUGCUCUUACCACGACGGACAUGGGCAACUCGGGCGACGGUUCCUUCUUCCCCUUCUUCAACGAUCUUCAGUGCAAGAUUGACUGGGGCUACGAGGCCACCCACCUUACGGCUGUGUUCUCCCGGCUUCUCGUCGAGGCUUAUUACGGCAGCGCUCCGAGAUACGCCUACUUCAUCGGCAGCUCGACUGGCGGGCGACAAGGACUCGUCGAGGCGCAAAGGUUCCCUGGAGACUUUGACGGCAUCGUCUCGGUUGCACCGGCGUACAACGAGACGGGCAUCACCACCUACCAGAUGUCUUGGAACACGGCCGCGUGCAUAUACAACACGGCAAACACCAGUGACCCUGUACUGACGACGGAGGCGCUGUCCCUCAUCAGCGAAGCUAUCCUGGAUGCUUGUGAUGGAGAGGAUGGCAUGGUGGACGGGAUCAUAGCGAAUCCACGUGGAUGCUCGUUCAACCUCACUGCGCUGGCCUGCUCCUCGGGCCCGCCCAACUCAUCUCAAUGCCUCAGUCCAGCAGCCGUCGCUGCCGCGCGUAGCAUGUUCGUCGGACCAAGGAAUUCCGAGGGCAUCUACCUGACUCUAGAAGGGCUGCUGCCGGGAUCCGAAGCCGCGUGGACUGGGUCGCUGUGCCCGACAGGGGGUCAAACUGCAGGUUUUUAUACGUUUGCCACGCAGUACCUCUCAUACUACGUGUUCAACCCGGAUGUGGUAGGGGGCCUUGAGGCCUAUGACUUCAACAUGGACACGCCACUUCGGGAGACUGCCUACACUGAAAGCUUUGAAUACGGCGGGAUUUCUGAUCUGUCCCGAUUCAAGCAGCUUGGCGGGCGACUGAUCAUGGCACAGGGUCUCAGGGAUCCUGCUGUGCCCCCCUGGUUCGCGACAGAUUACUAUCAGAGAGUGGUGACCGCCAUGGGAGGGUACGAGCGCACGGUCGACUUCUUCCGCUACUACGAGAUGCCCGGUGUCAAUCAUGUGUCUGGAGGCCCCGGUGCCGAUUCCUGGGACCAGAUAGGCCUCAUCUCGGCGUGGGUGGAACGCGAUGAGGCUCCCGAGACCAUCACGGCGUACCAUCUCGACGACGGCGCGGUGAACUUCACCCGCCCGUUGUACCCCUGGCCUUUCCUCCCUUAUUACAACGGCAACACCUCGGAGUUCUAUGCUUUCAACGCUUCGGGCUCGACGUUGAGAGGCUACACUAUCUACUAG